CUCACAUCUCCCUCCACCCAGCGUCACAAGAGCGAGCGAGGGUGACGCGCGCGCCCAGCAGUAUGUGCGCGCCCGCGGGAGGGGCCAACAGAAAAUGGCGAGUCUGUGCAAGCGGCAGCAAUGCACGCUAGAGAGGCGCGGCUUUCGGCAGGAGCUUGACUCGUGGAGGCACAAACUCAUUCACUGUGUAGGCUUUGAAAGCAUCCUGGAAGGCUUGUUUGGGCCGGGAGUAGUCAAAGAUAGCACGCUUUUCCAAGAUUGCGAGCCCGAGGAGGUUUCCGACUGGUCGUUUGAUGACAACUGUCUCUUCUGCUGCCUGCGAGUUGAGAAAGUCAAGGAUCACGGCGCCCACGACACAGUCGCCGGCGGCCAGCUGCUGUCGGAGGGCGAGGACGCCAAACGGGAACAGACUCGCCUCAGCCGGCUGGAGAAACAAGCGCAAGACUUCCUCAAUGCUGUGUUUCACAGGAAAGAGCUCCCAAGUUUGUCGGACCCCCACAUUCCUCUAGUGGCUCGCGAGAUCAUGCAGCGAAUGAUCCGGCAGUUUGCCGCCGAAUAUACCUCAAAAACUACUCAGGACGCCCCCCCUCCUCCGCUGCCGCCCAACGGGGCCAUGAAGGACCAAAGCCCGCCGCCCUGCUCUCUGCCGGCGCCGUGCUCGCCGCCCUCGUCCGCAUCCUGCUCCUCGCCGUCGCCCUGCCUCAGCCCCCCCGACGCCGAGGGGGGCGCGACCGUCGCCGCCUCUGCACAGAACCCCGUCCUCAGCAAGCUGCUCAUGGCCGACCAGGACGGCCCGCUGGACCUCACUGUCAAGAAGAACCCGGCCGAGACCGAGACCCCCGCCCAGCAAGAUGGCGUUUUGGAUCUUUCCACCAAAAAGAACCAGAAUGACAAGCAGGGCUUCUCCUCGCCGCAUGGACUCAAAGGGCACCCCCGGAAGGUGGAGCGUCGCGCGGCAGACGCGGACGAGGAUGACGGCGCGCCGCCGCGAAGCUUUGGGGACGGCCUUCGAGACAAGGUGAUCAGCUCCUUUAAGCCGCCGCUAGCCCACUCGCUGCGCGUCAAGGAGGAGUUGCUUAGCCAGAAGCGCCGCCUCCUGGGCCAGCCCGCCGCGCUGUCAUUGGCCAGCCUGGAGUCGGCCGCUCUCCUCAAUCACGGCCAGUCGCACUCCCUGCUGGGCCAGAAGGGCUCCUCGUCCUACUGGGGCAGUAAGGCCCACCUGGAGGGCCUGAUGAAGCUGAAACAGGCCAGCGGGGCCCUAAGCGGGGCCCUGAGCGGGGCCCUGGGAGACCUCAAAGACCUGCCUAGCUUUCUGGAGAACCAUCACAACCACCACGGCGCCUUCUCCUUCAAGAAUUCUCUGCUCCACCACCACAAUCAGGUCUCCAAGGCGCAGCAUCACCACCACGACGCCAAACGGGACCACUCGCCCCCGGUGGACCUGAAGAUCCCGCAGGUUCGAGGCAUGGAUAUCUCUUGGGACUCCCCCGCCUCGGAGCUGUACGCUUUUGGCGGCGCCGGCGGCGGGGGACCGGGCGAGAGCGCCUUGAGCCGCAAGUUGAGGGCAAUCCUGCCCAAGCAGAAUCGGCGGGGCGGCAGCUUGGGGAGCCUGCUGGACGGCGCCGCCGAGUACUGGGCCGCCGACUUGGAGCACUCCGCCUCCGGGCCGGCGUACUCCACCUCGGACGCCGAGGGGGACCCCAACUCCAAGCAGCCGCGCAAGAAGAGGGGCCGCUAUCGGCAGUACAACAGCGAGAUCCUGGAGGAGGCCAUCGCCGUGGUGAUGAGCGGCAAGAUGAGCGUCUCCAAGGCGCAGAACAUGUACGGGAUCCCGCACAGCACGCUGGAGUACAAAGUCAAGGAGCGCAUGGGCACGCUGAAGAACCCCCCGAAGAAGAAGCUCAAGCUGAUGAUGAAGACGGAGGCGGCCGGCCCCGAGUUCCCCGCCGACGCCGAAAACACGCCCGCCGUCACCCAGCCCGCCGCCGCCGCCGUCGUCGCCCCCUCCCUCAGGCCCGCCGAGCUCAAGGCCGACGUCAAGGAAGAAACGGAACCCAUCGAAUGAAAGCGACCUUCGUCGGACUCCUCCGGAACCAACGCGGGACUUUUUAUGCGUGCCAAUUUCCUUUGCGGUAUCCGAGCACAAACGCAGGGAUGAGAACCGAGACGGGUUCUGGGAGACCAACCACGAAUUGGAAGCUUCUUUUUAAAAAAAAAAAAUGUAUACCCGACACAAAACGACGACCAUUUCCUCAAGCAUGCCGAUAAUCCCCAGUCGGGUUGCAAAGGGCUGGAAAAUGUUCUGUUGAAGUUCGAUUUCCACCAGAAGUUGGACUGGGCAGUUUUGGAAAUAGCCUUGGCAUGGGAAUUAACUGGGAAUUGUGGGUAAUGAUUAAUUAAUCGCGUAAUUAACUAAUUAAUUAAUCAAUAAAAAAUUUGAGAGCGCUCCUCGCCCGUAAGCAAAGGGCAUGACACUACCUUAAUACCGCCAUCUUAAAAUAUUGCGGGGGGGGGGGGGCCUCGUACCCGGAAAACCUUGUGAGGCGAGGCACCCCUCCCUCAGGCGCCUCUUGGACCGAGUCCGAUUUCAUUUCCCAAGUGAGAGCCCGCUUUCAACAUCCAAGUGGCAUUCAUUCCCUCGGAGUCUUUCCAAUUUUUGAAAAUUCACAGAAAUUUGUCAGCCCGAUGCCCGACACGGAAAAACCUUGGAAACCAAGACCCCCUUUGCCCGUAUUUCUUCUGCGGACCCGGACCCCGACGGCUCACGGACGCAGUCUCUUGGGAUCAUUACAAUUUGGGCAGAGAGACAAACGGGGGGCCGGCAAGGGGUUGAAAAUUGCAAGGGGACUAUUUUAGUGUGCGUAUGAAUCAACGCCGUCAAGAUUCCUCGUCAGGGUUGCGAGUCGAAACCCGCCUGCCAGGUAGCCAUGAUGCUUUAACUGCGAGACCUUUUUUUUUCUUUCCUGCCCGCGACGUCCCGCCGAGUUCCGUGCGGAGUGAGAAGACACACAAAAAGUCAUUCAGGGAUGCAUGUUUGUGAGUUUUGUGACAAACUACUGACUGGUGAGAUCAUUUUGUUUCCUUUUUUGGUUUUUUUUUUGGGGGGGGGGGGAGUUUUGGUUAUUUUUUUUAAUUUUGGUUUUGCUUUCUUUUGCACUACACUUUGGGUCCGGCGCUUCGGCGGACCAGGUUACCUCGGCAUUGUUGCCCCUCGCAUCAUGCACUUAUUACGGUCCGUCUCACAAAGCCGGGUCGGGGAGGGCCCGCCGACGCCGCUGCCUCGGCAUCUGAAUGCGGAUCAGCCGCAGCGGCGCCGGCGCUACCUCAUGGACCUCCGUCGGCGUCUGAUCGUGGAAGGCCGGCGCAGUCUUCGGCCUUUCAGGAACGGGCGCGAAGCUCGACUGCUAUCCACACCGCGAGCCCCCCGCUCCUAUGCUAAUGUAUUAGCGGGGCCUCGGCUAACCGCUAGCUAGAUAGCCUGGGCUUAGCCAGGACAUUUUGCUGAUGUUUUUCUUUCCUCUUUUCCUUUUUUUCUCUCUUCGAAUCAAGCUCAACUCACCGAGUUGCUCUACCAUCCAAUUUCUAGUUUGAAAGGCAGUUUACUACGACAAUGUGCAUUUAUAUGGGGUGCCGGGGAGGGGA